UCUCUCCCCCUCUCUCCCCCCCUCUCCUCCCCUCUCUCCCCCUCUCUCUCCUCCUCCUCUCCCUCCUCUCCUCUCUCUCUCUCCCUCUCUCUCUCUCCCCCCCCUCCUCUCCCUCCCCUCUCCCUCUCCUCCCCUCUCUCUCCUCUC